AUAAUGCAAAUUUUUCGACAAUUUUUUCGCUCAAAAAUAUAUAUUUAUCAUGUUAUUGUUAUUAAAUUAUUAUGAUCAAUCUGCAAUUUGCAUAUGUGUUCUUUGCGGUUGCUUAGAUAUGUUUGUUUGAUCGAUAUUUUACCUAGCGCUAUAUAAGAGUUUUACAACGAACAAGAACGGAAGUUGUGUCGAUUCGAAUGAAUUGUUUGUGAUAAUCUAAAUUCAGAUUAUGGCGAUAGUUAUUAAAGAUUAUCAAUGGCGACAGACGGAGAAAAGAAUAAUAAUUCACGUCCCUCUAAAAGGUCGCCCUAAAAAUGUGGAUUUAUUCGUUAUGGACAACUACGUAAAGAUUAGCUUUCCACCCUUUAUUUUGGAAUUAUUUCUGUGGGAAAACGUACUUGAAGAGGAGAGUGAAUGUACUUUGACAGAUACCGAAGCUGUCUUCUCUUUACAAAAAGUUAGCAUGACUAUCAAAUGGCCGAGUCUCGAGGUGGAAAACAUUAGCAAGAGUGAAAAAUGUCAUACUAGAAACCGCAUUUUAGAAAAAGCACAAAGUGUUUUGGAAAAUCGUGCAAAACUUAAAAAGGAGAAACUUCAACAUUUGCAAAAAGAAGCAGUAAAAAUACAGGUCAAUUUGGAUACUGAUACGCUAAAUAAAAUAGAGGCCUUGAGAAACUGUCAUCGGAAAACUGCGAUGCAGGAUUUCGAAGAAUGGCGAUCAAAUGCAGAAAUGCCGAUUCUCCAGGAUAUUUCCGGCAAAGUGCAAGAGAAUAGGAAGGCAUAUAGGCCUCCACUUAAAUGGUUCAAGGAUGAUCUUGAUAUCAUACAAUCUCGGGAAAUUGACAAGAAAGGAGGGAAAGAAGAAUCAAUAGUUAUAGAAGAAUUAAAGGAAGAUCUAAUUGUUAAAGAAAAUACGAAUAAACACUUAGUUACCGAAAAAAAUCUGAAAGAAAAAUUAGUUAAUGAAAAAAAACUGAAAGAAGAUUUAGAUAUUAAAGAAAAUCCAGAAAGUGUAUCAACAAUUAAAGAACAUCUGAAAACAGAAUCAAUCGGUCAAACAAUGUUAAAGGAAGAUACAACUCUCAACGAAAAUACCGGAAAAGAAGCGGAUGUAAAGAUAAAGGAGACAACGAAAAAUCUGAACAACAAAAAAUCUAAUAUUAAUUUUGAAGAAUGCUCCAGUUGUUCCGAGGAUUCCGAAUCAGAUGACGAGAUUACGUCUUCUAAGUCUUCAACAAAUUCUUUAGUUAAGGAAAUGGAUAAGAAAUCUCUGCAAAAGUUCUAUAGAAAAAUGAAGAAGCAAAGACCAGACCAGGAUUUGAUUGAUAGGAUACUGAAGGAUCGAUAUCCCAAAAUAAAUCAAAUAUUCGAUGAACCCACAAAAGCAAUUCCACUUCCUAGAAAAAGUGGAACGAUCAAUGUUACCUUCUCCGAACGGGCUUUUCCUACGCCGGCUAGAGAGAGCGCCUUCGUGGAAGAACAGGAAUGGCUUUCCAAGCAAGCAGAAGCUAGAAGGAAAACGGGAUUUGUUGUCGAGAAUCUCCGUCCUGAAGAACAGGAUCCGCAAUGGCUGAAAGACAAGGGCGAUGAUUUCUUCAAAGCCGGGAAUUAUUUAGCUGCCAUCAGUGCAUAUACACAUGGUAUCAAAAUCAGCGAUAAAAUGGCGGCACUUUAUGUGAACAGAUCUGCCGCACAUUACGCCCUUGGAAAUUAUUAUAGGUGUAUUGAUGAUUGUUCUAAGGUACUGGAGCUAAUGGAACCAAAGUGCGAAAGCAACAAAAUAUCGCGAGCGAGGUGUCAUGCUCGUCGUGGUGCUGCGCUUUGUAAAUUAUCCGCGCCGCAGCAUGGCAUCCCCGAACUGGAAGCUGCCCUGAAGCUAGAUCCAGAUAACAAGAGCAUUAAACACGAUCUCUAUGCCGCUAGACAAUAUUUUAGUAUGAAAGAAUGAAUGAAAGGAAGGCCGGGAUUAAUUUUCUAAAAUUUCCCCCCUGUAGAAAUUUUAGGAACGUUUCAAUUUAUAUGUUUAUUUAUUUUCCAUUAUCCAUACUAAUAAGUUGAUGUA